AUGAGUACGGUGCCGGCCGCGUGGUGGGGGUUGCGAUGCGCUUUCACCUUUCUGGCAGAGCUUCUUCAUAUUCGGCCGGGCAUGGGACGCGAAGGGUGGGCAGCGGCAAUCGUGGGUAAUGGUGGACCGGACUGGGAUGUUGAGAGGAGAUUCCGGGUGACAGAGGUUGCAUUGGCAAUCAUGUGGUGCUGUGCCUCUGCAUACUUAUCCUAUUUCUUUGCUGACUGUAUGAUGUCUCGGUGGCUUCUGAAUUACACACCACCGGCGGUGAUGAUCCGGCUACUCACAACCAACGGCUUGAUCGCCUAUAUCACAUCUUGGGUUCUUUAUCUUUCCGGCGCAUCCUCGGAUCCACGAAUGCUUUUACCUGCUUGGAUAUCCAUUACAACUACCCUUACGUUUCUAUACCAUGCCACCCAGAACCGCACCAUGAUCAAGCGCGAGACCACUGCCUCCCUCCUUGUCGUUUCGGUCGCCAGUUUCGUCAGCCUGUCCUCUCUCUUACUGCAAUUGCAUCUCACGCGCGAGAACGAGCCGGAGGUACCUCUUUUCGUACUCUGUCGGAAGGUGCUCGAUGCACUGCUGGCCAUCUUCCUUCGGAUGCGAGUCACAAACGAUGCUGCGGGGGAGUUAUAG